CUCAAAUCAUCUCAAUCUCAAUUAAAUCUUCAAAUCGAAAAAUUUCCGAAGAAAAAUUCAAGUUCCUUUAGAAAAUGUCAGGUCGUGGAAAGGGAGGCAAAGGUUUGGGCAAAGGUGGAGCCAAACGUCAUAGGAAGGUUCUGAGAGACAACAUCCAAGGAAUCACUAAACCGGCGAUUCGGAGAUUGGCUCGUAGAGGUGGUGUUAAACGUAUUAGUGGUCUGAUCUACGAAGAGACACGUGGCGUUCUCAAGAUCUUUUUGGAGAAUGUUAUCCGUGACGCCGUUACUUACACUGAGCACGCUCGGAGGAAGACGGUGACUGCUAUGGAUGUUGUUUAUGCUCUUAAGAGACAAGGAAGAACUCUCUACGGAUUCGGCGGCUAGGGUUUUUGAUUGUUGUUUUUUGUGUUUCUACGUUUAUUAGGAUGUUAAUUUUCAGGAUUUGGUGUUAACUUCGAAAAAAUUAAAGAAUUGAAGGUUGUUGUUGCAAUUUCGUGAUUGUUGAAGGUGUUGUUGCAAACUUUUAGUAAUUUCAGUUUCUCGAUGCUUGUUUAGUAUCCUUUGAACACGACGCAAUAUCAAAAUUAGUGAAUCUCACAAGUACAAAUGUCUUGGUCAGAAAUAAUAACCGGAUCGGUUUAGAUCGGGUUAGUAUCAAAUUGGGUUUGCCGUGAACCCCAACCAAAUUAAAC